CAAGAGAAGACCAGGAAAUUUAUAUUCGGAGUAUAUACAAAGAAACACUAUCGAAACCAACCAUGAUAUCUCAAAACAGCGGCUUCCACGCCCUUGUAUUGGGAGCAACAGGCAUAUCAGGCUGGAGUCUCACCAGCCAGCUUCUCCAUAAUUAUCCGCGGCCGGGAGUAUGGAGCCGCAUAACCGGCGUGACGCGAAAAGCUAUGAGCGACGAGGAAAUGUCGUAUUGGCCGAAAGAUGAAAGGUUCACGCUGGCCUCGGGGUUCGAUUUGCACAAUGAUAAUAAAGAGGUACUGAAGCGGAAGUUUGAGGCGAAGGUAAAGGAUGUGGAAAGUGUGACACAUGUUUAUUACCUGGUACAUGAUCCUCCUGUCGACUUUAACAGCUCAGAUCCUUUUGCUGUUACCCUCGGCGGGCUCAGCAGGACUCUUUCAGUCAUCGAAAACUUAGCGCCGGGCUUAAAGUUUAUUCACCUCCAAUAUGGCACGUUCAUAUAUGGAGUAUGCUUCACAGACGACUUUUACCACCCGGUUCCUCUAUCUGAGGAUCUACCGCCCAUCAGGGAGCCAUUGUGCAACAUGCUUCACUAUCAAGUCUGGACAGACUUCAUGAGGGAUUUCUCGAAAGGCAAGAGCUGGGGAUGGUGUGAGACAAGGCCUGACGAAAUAAUUGGCUUCGUUCCUCGAAUGAAUUCUUAUAACGCCGCUCACCCCAUCGCCGUCUAUCUCUCACUAUUUGCAUAUAUAAACGGAGAAAGAGCAGAAUGCCCGUUUCCUGGUAGCUUCGGCACAUGGAAAGCGUUGUCUAACCAAGCAGGAGCUGAGAUGAUUGCGAAAGCAGCGAUACACCUGUCGUUAUUGGAUGAUCCGUCUGUCAAUGGGCAAGGAUAUAAUGUUGCUUCGUCAGCUACUCCCUCUAAUUGGGAAGCAACUUGGCCAGCCAUUUGUUCCUGGUUUGGCCUUGUGGGAAAGCCACCCGUUGACGGCGACAAGGACAAGACCAGAUUAUCAGGGCCGGAUGAAUAUAUCCGUGUGCACGAGAACGAAUAUAAGAGGAUGUUGGACGAGUACGGUCUAAAGCACUGGCGGGCAGUUUCUCCAACGAUGGAUGGCUCGCCGAAUUGGGGGUUGACCAAGCUAAGUUUUGACCGACAACUCAACCUUCAGAAGCUGAAAGCAACUGGAUUUGCGGAAGACGAGAGACUAGAGGAGAGUUGGAUCCGUGCCCUGGAGCUGAUGAGAAAGGCGAAGGUGAUUCCAUGAGGGCUGCAUCUUGUUGACUGAUAUAUUUGCUGCUCAUCGGGGUUGACUUAGGCUCUGGCAUCAUAGAGACAUCGCCUUCCCCCCCCUAGAAGAACCUGGCUGCACGUUUGCUUGAUUGAGGUUCACCUGUUUCAGACGUAGUUUUUGUCGAAGGCGUAGAGCUCAUCGAAUUAUCAUCCCUGAGAGACUUGUUUUUCGUUGGAGCUUGAGGCUCAUCCUUUCUGGAGCCAGAUUGUCGGGGUUCGUCCUCCUGUGCGAUUUCCCGCAGAACUAUGAUAUAGCUUAGUGCUUGCUUCGCGUCUACAAAUUUAGAACGGACUCCAUGCUUACCUUCUUCCCA